GAUUGAUAGCUAUUAUGAUCAGAUUCCAUGUAUCUGGAUGGAGUCUUCUAUCAUUUAUGAAAAACACUCCUGUCCUUACUGCCAAACUGUAGUAAGCUAUAGUAUUUUGCUUGUUUGCUUGUGUUGCUUCUUCACAGCAUAGCUUCAACACUCUCAACUCUACUUAAGAAAAUAAUACAUAUAAGUAACAAACGGUGAACGAAACUCUACCCUUGGCGCGCCCUAAAAGAGAAGUCCGUUAAUGUACCCCGGAAAGUAACCUAACGCUUGCACAUUCUAUACAAGAAUAAAGGUCAACAACUAGCGCUUAAGUAUCACAUUCUAGAAGAAAGGUCAACAACUAGGUAAACAAACGGAAUCAGAAUAAUAUCAUUGAGUGCCGGAGUAACAAAGCACUAGUGUGCGCUACUAAUGCACAACUCGCUAACGCAGGAGCUCAACUCAAGCUUCUAACUCAACGACUAACGCAAUUGAAUAUCACGUGUAACAUAGUUUCUAGUUGAUUAAACAAACAAGCAUUCUUAUUAACUGGGUAGCAAAGUCGACUCAACGGGCUGAGGUAAAUAAAUCCGAAUGGAAGAGAGCUCUUAAUACGCCAAGCCAAGAUAACCAUCACAACUUCUCAAGCCAAGAUAACCAGAACACAACGCUUCUAAAUUGAUUCUCUAAUAACUCGCCCGCCUAUAAUGAUAAGAUAAUAUAAGAAAGCCUUCACUGAACUUAUAAGUAUAGGCCGGUCUGCAACUAUCAAGGUUUUUUCCACUUUACGAGAUACAGCUAUCGCAGCUACAGUUUGGCCUUUCAGUCACGCGUACCCUAAACUCCAAAACCAACUUCAGGCUAAUGCACAACUCAAAGAACUCUGUUAGCCCAUACGAUCAAAUGGUUAUUCACAUAACUCAACAAACAACGGAACAAGCAAACUAACCGCAUUGCUUCUAUUGCUUGCUUCUUUUCUGAACCCUAGAUUUCAGUACUCAUUUAUUCUCUCAGCAGCCAGCAGCUGACGCUGACCUUGCUUUUUGACCUUGCUUGUUUUGUUCGAUAACUCACUGACGUCUGCUUGUUUACUUACUUAUGCCUUUCAGAAUGACUAUGGGCAUCCGAGUCAGCUAAGCUUCUAGGGAUGAUAAAACAAUCGUCUUCUCUCUUCCUACUCGAUCUUCUAGGGCGAAUUCAGAUCUUAGCUUUCCCGGUCGCUGGAGCAGCCGCCACUCUCCCUUCGCUCUGGAACACCAAUGAUGAUGAAGAUAAUCCUUCUGAUUCUGCUCUUAACAACUUCUUCUGGUAGUAAGAUACUCUUUCUUUUCUUCUCUUCUUCUGCUCUUAACUACACCUAUAUUUAUUGCGAAAAUAGACUCGCCUUUCUACAAGCAAGACAAAGAAGCAAAGCAAGAGCGUGAAGUUCCGCGAAGAGGGAAAGAACGUAGCUAGAGCAGUUCCAGCAGUAUUUCCUGAUGUGUCUUGCGGAUGCUGGUCUUUUUGGAGUUCUCGCAGUAUUUCCUGAUGUAUCUUGCUUGCGGGUGCUGUCACUCAUGCAGGAGCCUCUACACCAGGUGUCAUGCAAUAACUAUCAAAGUGGCAAACGCGGUGGCUUCGGGCAACAACGGGCAUUUCCCAUUCUUCUCUUAGUGGGUGGGACAGCCAGAGAUGUAGGGUCUAGUGGUUUUCAGCCUAGAUAAGCUACAGCGGCAAAUCACUUCUUACGAGUUCCCAACACAACUACGCGUAAUACUUUAAACAGGUGUGGCUGGAUGCUUCUUCUCAAUAGGAAUAGUAGUCCAAAUCCAAGCAAGCUUAUUAUGAACAUCUAUUGGAGUCGAUCAUUUCCAAGAUCCAAUUCUAGUUUCUUAUUAUGUAAUGGAAUAGCUUUACAAUCUUCCGUUUUACGCUGUAGCUUAAAGGAGAAAAUGUUCUUGGUGGAUGCAGGACCAGGUACCCCACUCAAUUGUAUGGAAGAUGAGCUUACAGGAGUGCCAAUAAACCGAGCCACGAGCCACAGGUUUGAGAAUAAGGUGGGAUCCCAGAAUGUAGUGGCAGGUGACUCACAGAUUCCAGAGCGGAUUAAUGAUAGAUUCUUAAUGGAUCUAGUGGCCGGUCAAUCACAGAUCAAAGAGCGAGCUGUCUUAAGGUUUCAUGAUUUUUGGGGAUCCCUGGAUGUAUUGGCUGGUGAACCGCUUCUUCUUCCACGAAGAUUAAGACAAAACCGAGCUUGGAUAGAACUGCAGAAGAAUUGGCGAACGAAUAAGAAGGUCAAAGGCUUCAUUAUUAACAAAGUCAAAGGUGGUUAUUCAGUAGCCAUCGCGGGUUUCAUUACCUUUCUUCCAUUCUUUCCUCUCAACACUCAAAAGAUAGCGAAUGAUAGAUUCACCAUUGAGAGCAUUAAUCCCAAUAGGAGGAAAAUUGUGGUGUUCUAACAGCAGUAGAUCCAAGUAAGAUCAAAAUCCAAUCAAAAGGAAAGGCUCUCAGCUCCUUUCUUUUGUUGAGGGAACUUCUUACUGCUUGCUCUUUGAUAAGGUAAGCAGAGGAGCAUUGUAUGCUUUUUUGACCCUUGUCCCAUCCAUUCUAGAAGUCAACAACAGCUU